UUCCUUCCUUUUCUAACAUGUAUAUAUAUUCUCCAAAUUUGCAGAAUGGAAUAAACGCCUGGUUCGAGAAUGUGAUGAAUGUGAGGACAGAUGGGCCAGAAUGUUAUAGGACGGAAGGCACAAACACAGUAACAAAUGCGUAUUGUGGCAGAUGUAACUUGCUUUUGGGCACUAGAGUUGUUUCUUCAGAGCAGCCUCACCCCACACUCAAAGACGGCAGACUUUUGCUUAGAUUUUUCGAAUUGACGGAACAUCCAACUGCUCCGCCGUGCCAGUUGCAAUUUAGCCGCCUUUUGAAUGGCGAAGAGACUCGAUUCUCAGCUCCCUUUCUCUCAGUCCCUCAGCAAUUAUGGCGAUUCACUGCUUUAUCGAGUUGGAAUCGCUUGAAUCUUCUGCUUGUGGCUCUGCUGAUCGGAGAUGUAAAGGAUCUAGUUCCGGUAACAUGGGAGGAAGAAGUUGAGGCGUACAGGGAAUCGAAAGCCAUGAACGGCAGGGUAAUUUCAAAUUCAUGAUCACUUUUUGUUUUGCCGUAUUUACUUGUUCAUGGAAUCAACAAGCUAUCCUGUGUUUGCAAGUUUGUUUAAGAUAUCUUGGCAGCAUUGUCUUAGUUAUGCCUUGGUUUUGAUUCAUGAAUCCUGAUGCAAGUGGUUGAAAUCUAUCUGAAUUUGAUUAAACUACAGAUAUAUUC